UUUUCAGAAGUAACAUCCCUUAUUCUACAAACAUCGCUUCUGAUCCUGGUGGACAUGAUCUGCUGUUCUGUGUGCAGUUGGAUGACUGUAAGCAAUCUUUCACACAUUUUGUUUAUAGAUUGCCUCUGCUUAGGGAAUAUUCUUUUGAACUAUAUGUUAUAACUGUUGCUAAUUAUUUUAGCCGUUAAAGUGUCAGACCAUAGUGAAUCACCAAAGACACUGUUAUUAAGGGUAGGGUUUCUGGCUGAACACAAAUCUUUAUCAACUGCUUAUGUAUCUGAGAUACCUUACAUGGUCGGCUACAUGUAGAGGAGCAGAUAAGGGUUGAUGUUUGAAGUAUCCCACUACUAUAAUUUUCAGAAAGUGUUUUCUUAUUGUGUCUUGGAUUCUUUAUUAUAUAUGCUUAUUUUCAUCCUUUUUUCUCUGCUGGUGAUGAUUUUUUUCACUGGUAAUCAUAUAUCCUGUAGGCUAUGCCAUUAACAUUCUUUUCUCUUUCUGCUUUCCACAUUAUAUUACAUUUGAGUGAUUCAAAGUCCUGUUUCUGGCAUUCAGUGCAAUUGCUGUGGUUUCACAUUUUUGAGUUAUUGUCUGGGAGUUGUGACCCACAGUUCUGCCUGCUUCUGACCUAAAUCUUGAGUAUUUUAGGUUGGGAGGGACUCAGGAGAUGAACAGGUACAACAGCUAGUCAAAACAAUGUUAGCUUUUUACUGACUUGUCCUGCUUUCAGCUCUUUAUAGAUUUUGCCUGAGUCCUUUGCAUACAAGGAAGAACAAAGAAAUUAUGAGAGCUUCAUAAUAUAUAGCAUGAUAGGUAGUAGUGCUAGAACUUUACCCAUUCCAAUUUUCAGUUUGUCUCGCAGUAAAGAUGAAUUUAGAUAAGGCUUUAAACACAACUUAAAGUGUUGUCAGGCUCCUGGGCUUUUCAGCCUGCAACUUGGAAUCUAAAUGUUACCCAUUUCCCACACCACUCAUAAUAUCCUAAAAGUAAGACUAAAAGGAUUCUGAAUUUUUAAUGUUAUGCACAGAAAGGAUCAUAUGUGUCCAGAUGUCCAGAUGGCACCCAAUUUUUUUAGUCAUUUGAUAUUUGGGCCAUGUGUCUAUCACAAUUAGGCCCACUGAAGAGGCCUAAACAUUUGACUGCAUGUAUUUGUUAGUUGUAGCACACCUGAGAACAGAAUUCACUGUUCACAUGGCCUUUUCGUUUUCUGUGAUUGUUGUUGGAAGAACGUAUGGGGAAGACUUUAUUUGGGAUCACCUGAAGGAUCAUGUUUUCUGGUAGAAACAGCCUUCUCCCUAGUGGCCUCUCCCAUGGAAAUAUAGGAACACGUAUUUUAUUCAACUGAUUGUGGCAGUAGCUUUUCCAAGAUGGUGUGAUGAGCUACCAUUGCCAGAGAUUAAUCUAGCCCUAAUGAAUUAUCUGGGCUGGUGAAAGUGAUGCACAGGUUGACUUCACCUCGUUGGAACUAUUGCUAGCAGCUUAAAUUCUGCUUUGCUUUUCUCUGCAAGAUUAAAUACCCUUUAGUAUAUAAACUUAAAAAGUUUGAAUCUCUUAAGUUUUCCUGAAGAAGGUAUUUCCUUCCAGUUUUCAGCUGUAUUUUGCAUUAUGUAAUAUUGUUAACAUAUAUUAGCAAGUAUUCAGCUUUGAUAAUGGAAGAGUAUAUGAUGAACUGGGUCCCAAAUCAAUUAAAUGGCUGUGAGUAGCACAAAUGCAAAUGUUUUCUUUUUCAGUCUAAUGAUGAUACAUCAUUCAAACACAAAACUAAGGUUUUGUGAACCUUGUGGGAGCUUAAUAUUCGUUUGAUUUUUUUUCUUCUUGAACGAUUUAGUUGUCUGCUUAAUUCAUGGUGUAUUUGGAUAUUAAAAAGCUUUUGUUUCUGCUAUCUGUGCUGUACCUUUGAUCAUCUGCUCUGCCCUUGAACAGCAGAACUAUAUUGAGAGCUUAAGGUUCUGUUUUUACUGUUCUAAUUUUACUGUUCUUUUUUCUCUCCAAAUCCAAAAUCUAGUGGAUUAUGUAAAUUCUUUUUGACACUACUGUAAUUGAGUAUACUGCCACUUGUUCCUGUUGUCAGUAGGAUAUGUAAUUCUUGAAUCUUCCAAGAUUCUUUAUUUGAAUGCAUUGAAAAGUUAUUCAUAUUAGGAUGAGUCUAUGUAGCAUGCCUUUAAUAGUUUGCCAUUUUAUAACAGUGCUUUAGCAGUAAUAAAUUAGUACAUUAUAGCGUCAUAACCAUACCAUUGAAUACCACAGGUCAGGAAGGUAUCACUGUAGGAUACCAACAGAAACAAAGCUGAACUAUUUUCAACAGCCACAGGAUAUCGAAGAAUCUAAUUUUGUGGAGUUCUUAGAGAAGUAUGGCAGGCACUCUUUCUUUGCACCAUCACAAGUUCAGCCAUCGUUCUCUGCUUUUUACCGCUGGUGAUCCAAUCCUAAUCUACUUUGAUUCUUCAUCCAUAUUGAGCAUGCUUAGACAGCCAGUGAAAAUGGGACCCAGUGGACUUUGUGCUGAUGGAAAUCCUGCUGGCUUCCUGGACAGUAAAAGCACAAGCUGUACUCGGAUUUUUGCCCACUUGAGCAAGAGCUGCGUGACUGACCCUGCCCUAGAUGCUGCUUCCUACUACCGUGACUUCACUGUGCUAAAGGUCCCAAUUAAUGACACCAUUAUGCAGUCCAUGAAGGUAAAUGUCACUGCAGUCUCACCACCUGGAGCUCCCUACAUGAAGGACAACACAUGCAUCAAUGUUGUUUCUGAGGUGAUCUAUGAUAUAGAAUAUAGUGGCACAAGUGGAAUUCAGAGUGUUUCUGUCCAGUUCAAAGUGAGUAACAUCUCUGGGAACUCCAGAUCCUCUCUGCAGCAGCACUUCACCAUGCACUUCUGGACCAGGACUCUUUCUCAUAUGUUGCCUAGAAGUGGAAACCCUGGCUAUAUCACGGGAGCACCACUGUUGAUUGCCAACAGUGGUGUCAUGCAACACAUGAGCAUAUUAAGGAGUGAAAGUGAUGGAAGCUGUUCACAGUUCCUCAGACACACAGUACAAUUUAGAAGGAAUAUGAGAACAGGCUGCAAAAUCAGCCUAUCCCCAAUACUGGAAGACAGUAACUGUAGUUACAUGCAGCAAAAGUUAUACGAGGCUUUUCAAGGGAUGAACAGAACAGGAGACUUUGCUGUAACUGGCAAUGCUCAUUCAACCCAGGCAGAAGAGUGGAUGACCAUUCUGAUUCAGAACUGCAGUGUGCAGGCUGUGAAUUGCACUUCCUGUUGUGUGGUUCCUGUGACCCUGGAGAUACAGAUAUUGUGGACUAGAGUGGGCCUCCUGUCCAACCCACAAGCUCAAAUACUGGGUGCACGGCAUUUCUACCAGUGUCACCCCUUCAAGUUUCUAAACAUGAGCAUGGUACCUGUGUCAACUGUUGUUACCUUCACUGACAUGACAGAUUGGCCAGAACCUCCACGAGACCAGCCCCAAAUGCACUGGAAACUCCCAUUUGACAUCUUUUUCCCAUUCAAGGUGGCCCUGAAUGUAGAAAGAAGUUACAGAGCUGAUCUGGCUGGGUAUUUAUUGUUGAUUCUGAUAAUGUCUAGCAUUUUCUGCUUUUGAAAAUAGAUGGAGUCUGUAUUUAAUGUUUGGUGAGUAAAUUGAUACAUUCAGGAUACAAUCCAGAUGAUGGACUUUGGUCAUCAGGUUUUAUACCAUGUUUGUGAUACCUAUGAGCCUUCUGUUCUUGGAUAAGCCAUGUGGACAGUUUGUCCUCUCAGGUCCUUAUUCUCUGUAUGUGAACCAUCUGUGAACAUCACUGCAGUGACACACUUGAGAAAUGUAGAGAUCCAGGGGCAUUGCAUUAAGGAAGGACAAGGAAGAGAACCUUAAAAUGAUUAGUCUGUGUCUCCAAAAAUGAGGAAUGCUCUCUAUAAUAGGGAGUAUGGAGAGAGAAGCAAAGUUCAAUCAAAGCGUUUUGGAGCUGCUUUCAGUUAGCUCCCUGUUGGAGAAGCACCUGAUUUUUCCAUAUGGAAUUAACCGAAGAUUUAAAAUAAAGGUGCUCUCCCUGGUGGCCUGAAUUUUUAUUUUAUGAGUAGAGAUGUGUGCCAAUCACCCCUAACCUCUCCUUGUUAGAUGAUGACAACCACACCUGACAUUUUUUUGUACCUUGCUUUUCUGUGUCUUUUCAAAUACAGCUAUUCAAUUGUAAUUUUCUCGGUUUAAUUAAUGUUUACAUUAGCAACAGUGUUGCACAGAGCAAAGUAAUUGUAAAUGCCACAUACCCUGAAAUAAAGUUGCAUUUUCAUGGUUUGUCAAAACA